CUACGGAUCAGAGGGACACACGCUGGGUCAUCCCACCCAUGCCAUGUGAUUUUCAUUACAGCAACUCUGGGAAGAGUUCAGCCGUGGAAGGUUUAAGCAAAAAGGAAAAAUACAUGAAGAAGCAAGGAAGAAGAGACACUGCCAGCAUCCCCCUCUCCCCACCAGCAGGGAGCAGCAGUGUUCAAGUCUACAAUGAGUACCAGAAGGUGGCUUUCAAGAUACAUCCUGAGAAUGGUCAUGCUACAGGGAACGGUUCUCACUCCAGGAAGGACAAGGUCAGUAGCCGAGAUGAUCAAGGCAAGAUGUCGUGUGUACCAGACAUCAUCUCUCACAGUCAGGACCAGAGGUACGGCAUGAAGGACGAAGUGUUUCACAGAAACUCUCUGUGGAGGAUGGAUUCAAGCAGCCAGGCCUAUUCAGGGCAGGAGGACAACUCCACAGACCCACAUGAGACCCUGACAGAGACUUCAACUCUGACCUUUGUGGACGCCCACACGAUGGAUGAAUCAACAGAGAACCACAGCCUCCACGGGAUGGGGAUGAUUUACCUCAAGGAGUUUGUGCUGAUAGAUGAUGAUGAUGAUGGAGACAUGUCACUGAGAGAAAAAACUGUGACAGACUUGUCAAUCAUGGGCGGGAAAGCAGCUGAACUGGUGUGUGGGAGGUUGUUGUCUACCUCCAGUGGCUCAGUGUCUGAGUACAAGGAGGAAUCCUUGGCUCCUGAAGCACCACCCCCCGUGGAAGUGGAGACUGAACCAGAAAAGAAACGCUGCUGUCCCUGCAUUGUUUCAUGACUAAGCAGGAUGUGAAGGAUGGUACCUGCAGCAGAUUGUGUGUCAAUGAUGUUUAAGAUGUUCUGAUCACCCAGACAAAAUACUCCUUCAUACUGUGUCAAUAUAUACAGUAUGUGUUUCUGCUGCACGUUUACAGGUAUGGUGCCCUAUAACUGUCAUGUCAGGUUUUGUCUGAUUCAACUUUUGUUUUCAAGAACCAUUAUCUAGCAAUAAAACACAAAACCAGCACGAUGUUAUUUCUGUUUGUCUGAACUAACAGUCAUCAAUGCAUUUGUGGGAGACAUCUAAUUAACAGAAUUGUGAAAUGUAUGUAUGAUGAGAGGUUAAUGCUUAAUAUUGAUUAACAUCUUAAGCUCAUAAUCCUUCUAAAGUGCAACUGUAACAUGUAUGCAGUGAGUAAUAACAUUUUGAUACUAAUAAAAUGCAUGUUGCCUAACAAAUGAUCUGAAUGAUGGAGUUUGUGAUAUUCCACAAAAGGUCUCAACAGAUCAGGUGCUAACAACAAAUAAAGAUAUCGUCAUAAACAA